CCCUUCAAAGCUUACUUGCACUUCACAAGCACAUAUAUCACAUCCACUACGUCACAAUUAUAACCAACAUUCUCUUAUAUUAAAAUCAUGAAAUUUACAACUCAUAUCCACCAAAAUUUGCAUCCAUAACAUGAACACCUUGAAAUCCAUUCAUGUGUCCUCACAAACCAAUCAAAUACAAGCCCCCACAAAUUAUUUUUCUAUGCAAAUAUUAGAUUCAUCAAUCCAAAAUCUAAUAAAAUCAUGUAAGAGAAGGCAAAGAUGGUUAUUUCUUUUUACCACAUCAAACCAACAAGAUUUAUUGAAUAAUAGGGCAUCAUGGCGUAUUCAUUUGUCAAAUUUUCUAGAAUCAACAAUGAUUCGUGUGUUAUCAAUUUUAUUGCUCACUAUAGACCUCAUCAUCACAAUUCUUGAACUAUCUUCCUCUCUAGUUUCAUGUAAACAAAAAAUAAACAUAGUAGAAGAAUUAUAUUUCCAUUGGAUUGGAAUUGGUAUUUUGAGUAUUAUUUCAAUGAAGAUAAUUGCUUUAUUAGUAGGGUUAGGGUUUUCAUUUUUCAAGCAUCCAGGAUAUGUUGUGGAUGGUAUUGUGGCUAUUGGGGCAUUGAUUAUGGAAGUGUUUUUGGAGAAGAGAGGUGGUGGUUUAUUGGUUGUGGUGAGUUUAUGGCGUGUGAUUAGAGUUGUGGAGAGUGUGUUUGAGUUAAGUGAUGAAGCUAUUGAAGCUCAAAUUGAAGGGAUAGUUUGUCAAUUUGAGGCACUUAAAGAUGAGAAUAUUAGGCUCUUGGGGAUUAUAAAUGAAAAGGACAAGUUAAUUGAAAAGCUCAAGGAAGAAUUAGAUAAGUGUAGGUAGAGGAGAGAUUUUAGGCUAUGCUAAAUGUUAGUAUAUGUGUCUAUUUGGAAUUGAGUUAAAAAUUAUGUUGCGAUGAAAUACCGCGUCCUAAAGCAGCGGAAUCGUGAAAAUUAUGAAGCUGUUAUUUGAAGUUUUUUGAUGGACGCACAUUUUUUUUCUCUUUCA